CCCCCUCCUUCCUCCCUUGCCUUCUUCCUCGCUACCUCCUCUCUUCCAGGGCUGGACUGAGCUGGGCUGCUCUCAGGCGCACCCUGACAGACCCCACAGCAGCUUCAGGAGCCAGAUCCCAGCCACCAGAGGGAAGACCCAGGAGCGCCCCGCAGCCAUGUCAGCCCUCCGUCUGGUCACUCUGAGCCUGCUGGUGACAGUGCCACCUGCCAGCUGUCAACAAGGCCUGGGGAAUUUGCAGCCCUGGAUGCAGGGCCUUAUCGCCGUGGCUGUGUUCCUGGUCCUCGUUGCAAUCGCCUUUGCUGUCAACCGCUUCUGGUGCCAGGAAAAGCCGGAGCCUUUGAACAUGGUCAUGACGGCUGGAGACAAGGCCGAUGGGAUCCUGGCAGGGACAGAGGGAAGGUACUCCUCCAUGGCGGCCAACUUCAGGUCCACCGAGCACAAAAAUGCCUAUGCGAACUUCACAGAAGAGGAGGGCAAGGUCCGGAGCACCCCCAUGUGACCUCCAUUUGCCUGAGGCAUCCCCAGCCUAGACCCAGGCACCCGUGUCCAUGCCCAGGUCGUCCUCGGUGUAGGAACCCACAGUAAGGGGAUGCUCUGACCCCACACUGCCCUCCCCUCCCUUGAAUCGUGCCUGUCAAGAUCAGAGCUCAGAUUGUGUCUAGGAUAGGACUUGGCUGUCGCCCUUGGAUGUCCUGGGGACGGAGGUCCCCCAUCCAAUUCAAUUGACAGGAGCCUUCUGAAGAGGAUGGUCAGCUCAGGGCUUCCUGUCCUGCCUCAUGUCUCCUCCAAUGGUGAACAUUUUUGUGAAAUAAAAAUGUUUUAUACUUCUGGGGGCUCCUAGGUCUCAGAAGCAGCCCUUGGUCUUCCAUUGAGGCCCCAACUUGCUUUCUGAAUAGUGACAAUCCCCUUCCAAAGGCAAUGUCAUGGUGGCUUGGGAGGAUCACCCAGGAAGCCCUCUCAGCCUUGGAGACUCUUCUUCCAGGCACACACUCUUUUCCUAACCUCGCCGAGGCCCCCAUUCACCAUCACGACCAUUCCUUUGCUGUUCCAAAUACCCAAAUACCCCUGGUGGGGGGGGACCCAUCUGAAACCCGAGUUCUGCCUUCUCACCUUACUGGGGUUAACGUGCAGCCUGCAGCAGAGGGACUAGCCCUGAGCAGGGGGCUGCCCUGCUGUGUGACUGAGGACAAGUUGCUUCACCUCUCUGGGCUUGGGCUCAGUGAGUUGUG